UAUUAUUUUAAAUGUCUGUAGAUCACCUGAAAAGCUGCAAUGCCUCGACUAGCUGUAGUAUCACUAGUCCUUCUCGUCACUGUCUCGACCAUCACCGCUAUCCAGGCGCCCAGCAAUCCAUCAUUCUGUCGUAACCUUGACUGCCCCAGGUACACGGUGAUAAACACAUUUAAUGGAUAUGAAUUAAGGAGAUAUGAGCCUUCUCAAUGGGUUGGGACACGGGAUGUUACACGGACGAAUCAGAGAAACCCAAAGAUGUUCUGGAAACUGUUCUCCUACAUUUCCGGCAAUAAUACUGAAGGUUUGAAGAUUCCAAUGACUGCUCCUGUGUUGAACGUCCACACUCCUGGGGUGGGAAGUAACAACCAAGAGACUGUUUUGGAGAUGCUUUUCAUGAUCCCACAUGACAAACAACCUUACCCCCCGUACCCUGUCGACCCCACAGUAUACAUCACAAGACUCCCCGCAUUAAAUGUUUAUGUCAAAUCUUACGGUGGAUACUCGAAUCAAAAGAAGAAACUUAGGCGAGUGGAGGAACUCAAGAGUGAGAUUAACGACAAGACUCUGUAUUAUAGCGAUCACUUCUACUCGGCCGGGUAUGAUAGUCCGUGGCAGAUGGAGAACAGACAUAACGAAGUAUGGCUGGCCGCUAGACAGUAACUGUUAUAAAGAAGUCUGGCUGGCCGCUAUAUAGUACUGUAUAACAUAACGAAGUCUGGCUGGCCGCUAGACAGUAAUUGUUCUCACAACGAAGUAUGGAUGGUCGCAAGAUAGUAACCGUCUGCUUUUCAUCACUCGCAAAGUUGUUCAUCUUCCAUUAAUGCAAACGAAUUUGUUAGAUUUAGAUUACUCAGUUCUCCGAUCCAUCCAUCAGUACUCGUCGUGUUUUGCUCUACCCAUCCCCAAUCGCAAGGAUGUAAUAGUAUUCAAGCAUUUUUUAAAGAGAGUCCCAUUUCUGAUCUGACAUACUACUAGUAUUAAAAAUGUAAAUUUUCAUCUGUAUGUUUUAAUGAAGAAGCUUUCACCAGGAACCUUACAAACUCUUGUUGAAGAAAAAGGUUAUUUUACGUGUUGUUAUCUACUGGAAGUACCCCAUAUGCUUUCUUUCGUCAUUUUUUUUUUAUAUGUACACUAUUAUUUGUUUAUUUUUCUCAGCUUGAGCAUUUUUUAACUUCUUUGAUCAAUAUUGAUCAUCCUCUUUAAAAAGUUUUUGUAAUACUCACUCGAAUCUCUAAAACAUCCAAUACUGUAAAUGAAUGUUCAUCAGUAGUCAUGAUGGAUACUCUGUGUUUUUAAACUGUCUGCAGUGAAAGUGUAUUGAAAUUCUCAUUUGAGUUUUUGUGCUUUUGAAAUUCGUGAUAAAGUCGCCACUUUUGAAAGGAUGGAUAAUUCAAAGAGAAAACUCGAAGUAUAUUAUUUUUAUAUGUAAAGGAAAAUAUUAUUUCCGGAAUAAAAGUGUUCGAAAUAA